AUGGGUCUGGAACCAAAAAGAUGUAAAUGUUCAACAGACCUUCUGGACAGAAAUGCCACAGAGGUCAUGCAGCAAAGUGUGUCUCAACUCCCAAAUGGUUCCUAUGAGAUCGCACUUCCAUGGAAGAAACCCCCUGAGAGUUUACCAGACAAUUAUGAGUAUGCCGUGAAAAGACAAAAACACCUCGAGAAGCAGUUUGCUGACAGGCCUGCUGAAUGGGAGGUGUAUUGCAAGCAGAUGAGAGAUCAGGUUAAGAGGGGCGUUUCCAGACACGUGACAGACGAAGAGAUGAGACAAGACCGGGCUACAGGAAAGAAAAUGUGGUUUCUUCCACAUUUCGCAGUCACCAAGGACUCAACUACCACUCCUGUGCGAGUAGUGUAUGAUGGAAAGUCACGAUUCCAAGGUCAUGCACUAAAUGACUAUUUGAUGAAAGGAGAGAAUGUUAAUUCAAACCUGUUUGAAGUCGCCUUGCGCUUCAGAGAGAAUGAGGUUGGAGUUAUUGCUGAUAUAAGCAAGAUGUACCAAGCCAUCAAAAUCAAACCAGAUGAUGCCAGAUUUCAUCGUUACGUCUUCAGAGAGAGCCCAAGUCACCCGUUACAGGUUUUCGAGCUCAGCACUGUGACUUUUGGGGACAAACCCUCACCAACAGCUGCCAUCCUCACACUGCGACAUGUCGUCGAGGAACAUGCUCCAAGAGAUGAAGGACUGAAAGAUGUAGUUGUCCACCAGUUCUACAUGGACGAUCUGAACGAAUCUGUUUCUGAUGUGCAGCAAGCUCUUGAACUCAAAUCGAAGCUCACAAAGACCCUAGAGAAGGGAAAGUUCAAUCUACGUAAGUGGCAGUCAAACAAACGAGAGGUUUGUGAUGAGACCGAGGAUAUGAAGUCUGCAACAGUGCUUGGGACCAAAUGGAAUUUGGAGAAAGACACGCUGAGCGUCAAAGAGGUGAAACCAAUCAAAGGUAUACCUACGAAGCGCAGCAUUCUGAAACAGACGGCAUCAUACUACGAUGUCUUCGGAGUUUUGUCUGGAAUAUUGGUGAGGCCAAAGAUCCUCCUGCAAAAACUAUGGCAACUCAAUUUGGAUUGGGAUACGCCUAUUGACUCCCAAAAAGAACUCUGUGCAACACUGGAUGCCAUAAACAAGGACCUGGAGGAAGUAGUGGAUGUUGAGAUACCGAGAUGCCUAAUUCCAGAGGAGUUUAAAGGAACGAGACCCUUGCCUGAGGUGUCACUACAUGGACUAAGUGAUGCAUCUGAAGACGCGAUGGGCAUGGGAGUGUGGCUCAGGUGGUCCCAUCUGGAAGGAACAGGGGCAGAGUUGUCCUUUGUGUGUGCGAGAGCAAGGCUUACACCGCUGAAGCAAUCGAGCAUGCCCAGGAAAGAGCUGCAAGCAAUUCUUUUGCUGUCGAGACUGAUGUGCACGAUCAGAGAUGCCCUCCGUAUCAACAUAGCAUACUGGAAAAUAUGGACUGACAGUAUGACUGCCAUCAGCUGGUUGAGGGGUCAGUCCAAAUCCUUCCGUGCCUAUGUCGCCUACAGGAGGAGGUACUGCAAGUGA